AUGUCUUCCACUUCUCCAACAGGGACGAAUGGCGCCAUCAGUAACGAGAAGGCUCACGAGCGAGCUGAAAAUGGCACCACGUCUUCCGAUAACAGGACACCAAAGGCUCCCGCUGCUCAUGGUUGGAAUUGGGCCAUCACAUAUACAGCCAUGCUUUCGACCACAUUCCUGUUCGCGUUAGACAAUACCAUCGUCGCCAAUAUCCAGCCCUCCAUCGUGAACGACUUCGGUCAUGUGGAGUUGCUUCCAUGGAUUGGCACCGGCUUUGCCUUGGGUACCAUGUUCAUACUGCCAUGGGGUAAGAUAUAUGGCAUCUUUAACAUCAAGUACACGUACCUGUUCAACAUCUUGCUGUUUGAAGUCGGGAGUGCCAUCUGUGGAGCCGCCCCCAACAUGGUGGCCCUGAUACUGGGGCGUGUCAUUGCUGGUGUGGGCGGUUCCGGCAUGUACUCUGGAACUCUGACAUACAUCUCAGUAUCUACGACUCCCGAGCAGAAGCCCACAUAUCUCUCUGGAAGUACUGUUGUUUGGGGUAUUGGUAGUGUGCUUGGCCCUGUGGUUGGCGGCGCGUUUGCCAUUAGCAGCGCUACGUGGAGAUGGGGGUUCUACAUCAACUUGGUUGUUGGUGCUGUCUUCGCCCCGGCUUAUCUCCUACUGUUCCCACCCAUUGAUCCACAGCCUGAGCAGACAGUGUCCGAGAAAUUUGGUAUGGUGGAUUGGAUCAACUCUACCGUCUUCCUUGCGGGGUCGGCCUGUCUGGUGAUCGCUAUAUCAUUCGGAGGUGUUGUCUUACCCUUCAAUUCGGGGUCUAUGAUUGCGCUUUGGACAGUGACAGGUGCCUUGUUUAUUGCAUUCAUCAUUCUCAUCAAGCGACACCAUUUGGUUACCUACGAGAACCGUCUGUACCCGGCACAUUUCUUCAGAAAUCCCGUCUUGAUCAACAUGCAGAUUCAGGUGUUUCUCGUGUCAGGGAUAAUUCUAGCUAUGACUUACUACAUUCCACUUUACUUUCAAUUCGUUCGAGGCGACGGACCCCUCGAUUCCGGCGUCCGCCUCCUUCCAUUGGUAAUUACCAUGGUUGUCUUCUCCAUGGUGAACGGGGUUCUAAUGCCCAUAUUCUCCUUAAUCUCACCCUGGUACUGCGGGGGAAGUGCUCUGGUUCUUGUGGGAUCUGCUCUCAUGUAUACGGUCGACGAAAAUACUUCGAAUGCGCGUGUCUAUGGAUACAAUAUCCUUAUAGGGGUUGGAGCAGGCUGUUACAUUGUCGCCGGUUUCGCAAUUGUUCAGUCACUGGUGCCGCCGCAUGAUACCUCGAAUGCUAUUGGCUCCAUGACAAUUGCUCAGGAUCUUGGCAUGGUUUGCUUCCUAGCCAUAUGCGGGUCUAUCUUCCAUAAUUUAGCCCUCCAGAAGAUUACUCUCGCGUUGAAUGGUGUUUUCGACGGAGACAUUGGGGAGUUGAUUGCGGGCACCAGCAGCGCUGCCUUCCAAGCACUCACUAGUGACGAGAAAGCUGAAGUGAUCCCGCAGAUCGCGUCUGCUUUAGGCGGUGUUUGGGCAUUCUUCAUGGCUGCCGCCGCUCUCAGCUUCGUGGCGUCACUCCCGUUGCUUGUGGGUUCCCUCGCAAAAAGAACUACACGGCUCGCACUUGCAGGCUAA